AUGAGCGACCGUGACCGCCACCGCGACAGAGAAAGAGACCGAAGACGAGACCGUGACGACCACCGCGAUAGAGACCGAGACCGUGAUCGUGACAAAGACGACCACCGCGAUAGAGACCGAGACCGUGAUCGUGACAAAGACGACCACCGCGAUAGAGACCGAGACCGUGACCGUGACAGAGCACGUAGCAAGAGAUCCCGCUCACGUUCACCCGACCGUGUACGCUCUCGCCACUCCCGCUCCCGUUCCCCCGCUGACCGUUCCCACCGUCGACGCCACCACCGAACGCCUUCCCCUGAUCCUCCCAGGAAGCGUCACCGAAGGGAUUCAGUCGAUGAAGAUCACAAAGACCACAAAGACACGAAGAAAGCGGUGUCUGACUUUGUAGACGGAAUUGCGAAGGAACAGAAGCAGCAGAAGAAUACAGAGAAUGGGGAAGAAGUUGAGGUGAACGAGGAUGAGUUGGAGAUGAUGAAGAUGAUGGGGAUUCCUGUUGGUUUUGACUCCACCAAGGGGAAGCCGGUGCCUGGUGCUGAUGUCAGCGGCAUUAGAGCGGUUACGAAACGCCAACCGAGGCAGUACAUGAAUCGGCGCGGCGGCUUCAAUCGUCCAUUGCCUGCUGAGAAGAAUCGCUAG